AUGAUGAAUUUCAAGCAUUCCCUUUUCUUUGCUACCCUUCUUUCUCUUUCACUUACCCCUUGUUUUUGCUUCAAUCCCAAAUCCCUUAAUCUCUCCAACUAUGACUCCUACGAUUCUAAUUCCGGCUGGUCUCCGGCCGUCGCCACCUGGUACGGCAGCCCAGUCGGCGCCGGGAGCGACGGAGGUGCGUGUGGGUAUGGAAGCGCGGUGGGGGAACCACCAUUCUCGUCGUUGAUUGCCGCGGGAGGCCCUUCCUUGUUCAAAUCCGGCAAGGGCUGUGGUGCUUGUUAUCAAGUGAAGUGCUUGGGAAAGGGCGCCUGCUCCCGGAAUCCGGUGACGGUGGUUAUAACUGACAGUUGUCCUGGCGGUUCCUGUGCUUCCGACGCUGUCCAUUUCGACCUCAGCGGCACUGCUUUUGGUGCUAUGGCUGCUUCUCGUCGUGCCGAUGAGCUCCGCAAUCUUGGCGUACUGCAGAUUCAAUAUAAAAGGGUGGAAUGCAAGUAUGGUGGAACGUCGNUUGUGCUUAAUUCUUCAUUCAAUAUGAUGAAUUUCAAGCAUUCCCUUUUCUUUGCUACCCUUCUUUCUCUUUCACUUACCCCUUGUUUUUGCUUCAAUCCCAAAUCCCUUAAUCUCUCCAACUAUGACUCCUACGAUUCUAAUUCCGGCUGGUCUCCGGCCGUCGCCACCUGGUACGGCAGCCCAGUCGGCGCCGGGAGCGACGGAGGUGCGUGUGGGUAUGGAAGCGCGGUGGGGGAACCACCAUUCUCGUCGUUGAUUGCCGCGGGAGGCCCUUCCUUGUUCAAAUCCGGCAAGGGCUGUGGUGCUUGUUAUCAAGUGAAGUGCUUGGGAAAGGGCGCCUGCUCCCGGAAUCCGGUGACGGUGGUUAUAACUGACAGUUGUCCUGGCGGUUCCUGUGCUUCCGACGCUGUCCAUUUCGACCUCAGCGGCACUGCUUUUGGUGCUAUGGCUGCUUCUCGUCGUGCCGAUGAGCUCCGCAAUCUUGGCGUACUGCAGAUUCAAUAUAAAAGGGUGGAAUGCAAAUAUGGUGGAACGUCAAUCCAGUUCGUGGUGGACGCAGGGUCGAACCCAAACUAUUUUGCAGCUUUGAUCGAAUACGAAAAUGGAGAUGGAGUUCUUGGUUCAGUGGAGUUGAAACAAGCGCAGGGGUCGGGUUCAUGGAUUCCCAUGAAGCAGUCAUGGGGUGCAGUUUGGAAGCUGGACUAUGGCUCCGCCCUUAAGGCUCCCUUCUCUUUCAGGCUCACUGCCCAGGAAUCCAGGAAAGCCGUGGUGGCUAACAACGUGAUUCCGGCAGGGUGGGAGCCGGGGAAGACUUAUAGAUCAGUGGUCAACUUCAAGGCUUAG